CGGCUUGUUUGUGUUGUCGGUGAAGUUGGCGGGGCGGAAGCAGCGUGGGGUAUUUGGUGCAAGUAUCUUAAUUGUGGGUUUUGUUAAUUGUGUUUUUUUAGGGAUAGCGGCUUAGAUGGAUUUAUUUGCAGAUCUUCCAGAACCAUCAAAUGAUGAUGGAGCUGGAGCAACUUCAAAAAAGAGAACUUCUUUGUUUGAUGAUCUUCCCCCAGCAACCAACACACAUUCUGGAGCAACUUCAAAAAAGAAAACGUCUUUGUUUGAUGAUCUUCCCCCAGCAACCAACACACAUUCUGCAUCAAAUCUCCUGGGUGGCGAUUUAUUUUCAGGUAUACCAGCUGAUGCAACAACAGAUAACACGAAGGGAGAAAAGAGGAAAUCUGAACAAGGAGAUGGAUCUGAAGAGCAUGUCGAAAAGAAAGUUUGUAAAGAACUUCCCCAAUUAAGAGGUUUUGUUGCUGAACGAAAAGGUGAACGUGAAGAAAUGCAGGAUGCACACGUCAUAAGAAAUGAGUUUGUGGAUAAUUUGGGCUCACUGCCAGAUGGAAUUUCACAGAUGUCGUAUUUUGCUGUUUUUGAUGGUCAUAAUGGGGCACGAGCUGCACAGUUUGCAGCACAGCAGCUGCAUCUCAAUCUAUGCAAAAAAUUCCCUAAAGGUAUGACCAGCAUUGAGAAAACUGUGAAGAAAUGUCUUGUGGAAGCAUUUAAGCAGACAGAUGAUGAGUUUCUCAGGCAAGCCUCCAGCCAGAAGCCUGUUUGGAAGGAUGGUUGCACGGCAACCUGCGUUCUGGCUAUUGAUGGUGUUCUAUACAUUGCCAAUCUUGGUGACAGCAGGGCAGUCCUUUGUCGUUACAGUGAGGAAAGCCAGAAGCAAACAGCACUGCCUCUGAGUGUGGAGCACAACCCAACCCAGUACGAGGAAAGGAUGAGGAUUCAGAAGGCAGGUGGUACAGUCAGGGAUGGUCGUGUAAUGGGCAUUCUAGAAGUGUCACGUUCUAUUGGUGAUGGCCAGUACAAGAGGCUAGGUGUAAUCUCCCUACCAGAUGUAAGGCGGUGUCAACUGACACCUAGUGACAGAUUUAUCCUGUUAGCUUGUGAUGGAUUGUUUAAGGUGUUUUCCCCUGAAGAAGCCGUCACCUUUGUUUUGAAAGUGCUGGAGGAUAAGGACAUCCCAGUGAAAGAAGGCAAAACAUUGGAUGAUGCCAGAUAUGAAGCUGCCUGCAGCAGACUGGCGAAUGAGGCAGUACGACGUGGCUCUGCAGACAAUGUGACUGUAAUUCUUGUUGCCGUUGGUUAAAAAGAGAAGAAUUUGGCAUGCCACUCGUGAAGUCUUGCCAACUCCAGUCUGGCUACACUUGUAGGGUUAGCAUUUUUCUGGAAAAUAAGCUGUAUUACUUGCUGAUUGUAAAUAAAACUUCUGUUUUUUAGUUA